UUGGAUUAUUACCAGGGCUUGAAGCUCAUCCUUUCCAGAUGGCAACUUUUGUGGCACAAGGAGAAGCCAGGAGGAAACCCGCCCCAAAGUGGCUGAGCUGACAGGCCUGGCCAAGAGCGACUUAAAGGCCUUCACCCACCUGGGCUGUGUGGAGCAUGCGAGGGUUGAACUGCUGUUCAGACAAGCGGGGCUUGUUGGAUCAACAGCAAAGGCAGAGGGAGAGGUGAUGUCAACCUCAGAAGGACUCAGUGACCCAGACUCCAGUUGGAUAGAAGGAGGGUGUUAUUUCUUCUUUUGUUUAUCUGAUUGUCGUAUUGAGAAGAGGCAUCGCCUAAAGGGAAUUGUGCUGGGUGGACACACCCGUGGUGAUGUCAACCUCAGAAGGACUCAGUGACCCAGCUCCUGGACCCACCGGCUCCUCUGCGGCCCCCACUGCAGGCAGCAGGGUCAGCAUCCCGGAUGUAAUCCGGAAGAAGCGGGAUGGGGAGAAGCUGGAGGAGGAGGAAAUUUGGCACUUUGUCCAGGCCGUGACCAGGAGGACCAUGCAAGAUGGGCAAAUCGGGGCGAUGCUGAUGGCCAUCAGAUUACGGGGAAUGACGCCUGAUGAGACUCUGGUGCUGACCCGGGCGAUAGCUACAUCAGGGAGGGUCCUGGAGUGGCCUGAGGAAUGGCGAGGGCUCCUGGUGGACAAGCACUCCACUGGGGGAGUGGGUGACAAGGUCAGCCUGCCUCUGGCACCAGCAUUAGCUGCAUGUGGCUGUAAGGUGCCCAUGGUCAGUGGCCGAGGACUGGGCCACACUGGCGGCACACUAGACAAGCUGGAGUCUGUGCCUGGCUUCCUGGUCUCUCAGAGCCCAGAACAGAUGAUGCAGAUCUUGGAGAAGGUUGGCUGCUGCAUUGUGGAGCAGAGUGAAGAGCUGGUCCCAGCAGACAAGGUCCUCUAUGCCCUGAGAGACGUCACCGCCACAGUGGACAGCUUGCCCCUCAUCACAGGCUCCAUCCUGGGCAAGAAGGCUGCAGAGAAGAUCUCUGCCCUCGUGCUGGAUGUGAAGUUUGGCAGCGCCGCCCUUUACCCCACCCUGGAGAGUGCCCAGCAGUUGGCUCAGAGCCUGGUGUCAGUUGGAAGCCAGCUAGGGAUAUGCACAGCGGCUGUGCUCACCAAGAUGGAUGGGCCCUUGGGGUGCCGAGUGGGAAACUCCUUGGAGGUCCUUGAGUCUUUGGAGUGCCUGGAAGGACGAGGACCUGGAGAUCUCCGUGAGCUGGUGACCACACUAGGGGGAAUCUUACUGUGGCAAUGUGGGAGGGCCAGCUCCAUGCCCCACGGCGCUACUCACAUUGCCAAAGUGCUGGAUGAUGGUUCUGCUCUGAGUACCUUUCGGGCCAUGCUGCAGGCGCAAGGGGUGGAGGCUGAGGUGGCCCGUGCCCUGUGUGCUGGGACACAGGAGGAGCGCUUCCAGGUGCUGAGGCGAGCCCAGUCCCAGGAGGAGCUGGUGGCCCAGCAUGAAGGGACAGUUCAGCAGAUCUUCGCCCUUCCCAUUGCUCAGGUGUUACAUGGUCUGGGAGCCGGCCGCACCCAGGAGGGGCAAUGGAUCAAUCACCGAGUGGGAGCUGAGUUGCUGGUCUCGGUGGGGCAGCGAGUGAGGAAAGGAGAUCCAUGGAUCCGGAUCCACUAUGAAAACCCAGAGCUGAGUGAUGCUGACCGACGCAACCUGCAGGGGGCCCUGAUCCUGGAAGAUUCUGAGCCCUUUGCUCCUGGCUCAAAAGUGGCGAAGACGAUUCUCCCACAAAAAGUGACUGGCUUGGUGGUGGAGGUGGGGGUUAGAUAAACAGCAGCAGGGCUUGGGGGACUAAACAGGGUCACCCCACCGGCCACUGUCCCUGCUUUUUAAAAUCAACUCGUUUGAAAUGUGGUGUUGGAGGAGAGCUUUGCACAUACUAUGGACUGCGAAAAAGACAAAUAAUUGGGUGUUAGAACAAAUUAAACCAGAACUGUCACUUGAAGCCAAAAUGAUGAAACGGAGGUUAUCCUACUUUGGACACAUAAUGAGAAGACAUGAUUCACUAGAAAAGACAAUAAUGCUGGGAAAAACAGCAGGGAGUAGAAAAAGAGGAAGGCCAAACAAGAGAUGGAUUGAUUCCAUAAAGGAAGCCACAGACCUGACCUUAUAAGAUCUGAUCAGAGUGGUUCAUGGCAGAUGCUCUUGGAGGUCCUUGAUUCAUAGGGUCGCCAUAAGUCGUAGUCGACUUGAAGGCUCAUAACAACAACAACAAACAGACUUGGAAUGGGCAGCACUUAAUCUUUGACUGAACUCAUAAGCCAGGAUGUGAAAAUCUGAUUUUUUCAAUAUCCCACCUGCACUUUCCCUUAGACAGAUGGCAAAAAGCACAUUUUGUUGUUGCCAAAUUUAAGUUGCCAAAAUCACAUGAAACCGGGUGUAGAGGGAACAUUUGUAGGGAAGAAUUUGGGGGCAAUGCAGAGGGUUUAUUUGUCAUCUUUCAACUCCGCUUAGGAGACUUUCAACCCUCUGGUAUUUAGAUAACACUAAGAUAUCAGCUAACUAGGUGAUAUAAGGUCUGUUGUGACAAUAAAAUGAGCCUCCUGAGCUUCACUGCGGGUUCUGACAGAUUCUUUAAAAAAUAAAAACUAGUUUAUUUCAAAAUACUGUAUGAGAACAUAGAACAGGGGUAGCCAAGGUGGCGCCCUCCAGAUGUUUUGGACUACAAAACAGCCUCAUUCAGCAUGGCCAAUGGCCAGGGAUGGUGAGAGUUGUAAUCCAAAAUGUCUGGCGGGCACCAGGUUGGAGGAGGCUGGGCUAGGUUGCGACAGGAGGCUUAUCCUGUCUGCUAGGACCGUUAGACAAAAAAGGGUUGGCAGGUAAGGAAAAGCCCCUCUCCCCCCAAAAAAGACUGCCACAGGGCCCGAAAGGUCUUCUGAACCCAGUCACUUUAGCAUGUUGGGUGUCCAACCCGGGGUGCAAAUGUUAAAUAAAAAAGCAAUUCUGACA